AUGGACUUCAGUCGCAUAGCGCGUCAGUCUGUAGCGCCGGUAGCCAUCCUCGUGGUAGCAGUGGCCUGGCGUGCGAUUGCGCAUUCCGCGGUAGUCAUCGUGAUCGCAGCCCUUUUCGGAGCUCUUUUCGCGUUUUUCUCUACGAGGAAGAGCGAUGAGUCGUCGACCGUCUCCACCGCAGCAACGCCUGAGAAACGCAUUGCUGCGGAGCCGUCCGUUGCCACAAUUAAGCAGGAGAAACCUGCCGCCGCCGCCGCCGCCGCUGUUGCUGCUCCUCCCGUUGUGCCUUCCGCUCCCAAGACUGCUGCUGCAGGAGGAGUCAUCCCGCUGGCCGCCGGGCGUCGUCCCCCUCCCAAGGCGGAAGACAAGCUGGGGAUCACGCAGUUCAUCUGGCCGUAUGGAGGGUCCAAGGUGGAGGUGGUGGGGGAUUUCUCCGCCGGCGUGCCGGUUGCGAUGAAGCCGUCCUCUGCCAACCCGGGCCAGUUCUACAUCGAUUACACGUGCCCGCAGGGACCGAUCGAAUACAGCUUCAUUGUGGACGGCGAGUCUCGUGUCGAUCCCGAGUCGCCCACUAACGAGGACGGCAGCAAGAACGUGGCGAUGGUGCGGCGCGAUCUGUUCGAGUCGCUGGAGGCGAUGAUGCGGCAGCGCAUCCUGCUGCUGGACGGCGCCAUGGGUACCAUGAUCCAGCGCCACAAGCUCCGUGAGGAGGAUUUCCGCGGUGACCGUUGGAUUAAUCACUCUAACGAUCUCAAGGGCAACAACGAUAUCCUCGUUAUAACGCGCCCCGAUGUUAUCGAAGGGAUUCAUACGGAGUAUUUGGACGCGGGGUCGGAUAUUAUCGAGACGAAUACGUUCAAUGGGACGUGUAUCUCCCAGGCGGAUUAUGAGUUGCAGGCGGAGGAGGAGGUGGUGCUGAUUAACAUCGAGGCGGUGAAGGUCGCGCUGCGCGCCACAGCGAAAUCGAUGCAGAAGGACCCGACGCGCCCGCGAUUCGUGGCGGGCGCGAUCGGCCCGACGAACAAGACGCUGUCCGUGUCGCCUAGCGUGGAGAACCCUGCGUUUCGCGCAUGCACGUUCGACGAGAUCGUGGACGCGUACAAGAUGCAGGUGCACGCGUUGCUCAAGGGCGGCGCGGAUAUCCUCCUCGUGGAGACGAUCUUCGACACGCUGAACGCCAAGGCGGCGUUGUACGCGGUGGAUUUGGUGUUUGAGGAGGUUGGGUACGAUGUGCCGGUGAUGAUCAGCGGUACGAUUGUGGACAACAGCGGGCGGACUCUGAGCGGGCAGACGGGCGAGGCGUUCUUGGUCAGCGUGUCGCACGCGCGGGCGAUGGCGAUUGGACUGAACUGCGCGCUGGGAGCGAGGGACAUGCGUCCAUACGUGGACACCAUCAACAAGCUCACGGACUCGUUCGUCAUCUGCUACCCGAACGCGGGCCUGCCCAACACGUUCGGCGGGUACGACGAGACGCCCGCGCAGUUCGCGGAGAACGUGCGCGACUUCGCGACGGGUGGGCUGGUGAACGUGCUGGGCGGCUGCUGCGGCACCACCCCCGACCACAUCAACGCUGUCUCUAAGAUCGUGGAGGGCGUGCGUCCCCGUCCCCGUCCGUCAGUGCGCAACCUGAUGCGAGUGAGCGGGCUGGAGCCCUUCAACUACACGCCGGAGACCAUCCCCUUUAUAAACAUCGGCGAGCGGUGCAACGUGGCGGGGUCGAGCAUAUUCAAGAAGGCGGUGAUGGCGGGCAACUGGGACAAGGCGCUCAGCAUUGCUAUUGCUCAGGUGGAGGCGGGCGCGCAGAUCAUCGACAUCAACUUUGAUGAGGGGCUGCUGGACUCGGUGGCUGCUAUGACUCGCUUCGUCAACCUGCUCGUCUCUGAGCCUGACGUGGCCAAGGUCCCCUUCAUGAUCGACUCGAGCAAGUUCCACGUGGUGGAGGCGGGGCUCAAGUGCUCGCAGGGCAAGUGCAUCGUCAACUCCAUCUCCCUCAAGGAGGGCGAGCAGGCCUUCCGCGCCCACGCACACACCAUCAAGCGUCACGGGGCGGCGGUUGUCGUCAUGGCCUUCGAUGAGGAGGGGCAGGCCGCCACAGAAGAGGACAAAGUGCGGAUCUGCAAGAGGGCGUAUGAUAUUCUGGUGGAUGAGGUUGGGUUUAAUCCCGAGGAUAUUAUCUUCGACCCGAAUAUUCUGACGAUCGCGACGGGAUUGGAGGAGCACGCCAACUACGCGGUCGAUUUUUUUAGGGCGACUACCCGGAUUAAGGAGCUUUGCCCGGGAGCGAAGAUUUCAGGCGGCGUGUCUAACAUCUCGUUCUCGUUCCGCGGGAACGAGCCCGUGCGCCGCGCGUUCCACUCUGUCUUCCUGUACCACGCGAUCAAAGCCGGGAUGGAUAUGGGGAUUGUGAACGCGGGGCAGAUCGAUAUCUACGAUGAUAUUCCCAAGGAGCUGCUAGAUCAUGUGGAAGACUGCGUGCUGAAUCGACGGCCAGAUGCGACCGAGAGGAUGCUGGAGUUGGCGGCGAGACUGGACCCGAAGGCGGGCGGUGGCGGGGAUAAGGCCGAGAAGGACGCGUGGAGGGAGCUGUCGGUGGAGAAGCGGUUAGCGCACUCGCUUGUAAAGGGGAUAGACCAGUACGUGGUGGCGGAUGUGGAGGAGGCGCGGACGUGUGGGCUGUAUGUGCGGCCGCUGCAUAUUAUCGAAGGGCCGCUCAUGGAUGGCAUGAAUGUGGUGGGAGACCUGUUCGGCGCCGGCAAGAUGUUCCUCCCGCAGGGGUCCCUGCUCAUGGGUGCCUUGAACGUUCAUGAGUCUCCCCACCCUCUCCAACCUCCCCAUCCUCCCCAUCCUCCCUGUCCCCCCAACACCCCCCCCCCCCCCCCCCACCACUCCCUACCCACAGGUGAUCAAGAGCGCGCGCAUGAUGAAGCGUGCCGUGGCGCACCUCAUCCCCUUCAUGGAGAAGGAGAAGGAGGAGGAGGAAGCCCGCCUUCGCCAACCCUGAUACCAACCCCCUCUGACUCAACCCCUUCCCCUUCUCUCCUCCCACAGGUGAUCAAGAGCGCGCGUGUGAUGAAGCAUGCCGUGGCCCAUCUCAUUCCCUUCAUGGAGAAGGAGAAAGAAGAGGGCCGCCUCGCCAACCGGAGGAGGAGGAGGCCCACCUCGCCAACCCUGAUAUCAACCCUCUCUGACUCAACCCCUUCCCCUUCUCUCCUCCCACAGGUGAUCAAGAGUGCGCGUGUGAUGAAGCGGGCCGUGGCGCAUCUCAUCCCCUUCAUGGAAAAGGAGAAGGAGGAGGCGCGCCUCGCCAACCCCGAGGUGGAGCAAGCCGCCAACGCCGGCACCGUCGUCAUCGCGACCGUCAAGGGAGACGUGCACGACAUCGGGAAGAACAUCGUUGCGGUGGUGCUCGGGUGCAACAACUACAAGGUGGUUGAUCUCGGUGUGAUGGUGCCGUGCGCGAAGAUUCUGGACGCGUGCCGGGAGCAUAAGGCCGACGUGGUGGGUUUGUCGGGGUUAAUUACCCCGUCGCUGGACGAGAUGGUGACGGUCGCGAAGGAGCUGGAGAGGGAAGGGUUCAAGAUCCCGCUGCUGAUUGGUGGAGCCACGACCAGUCGCAUGCACACAGCUGUCAAGAUUGAGCCGGUGUACAGUGGGCCUACUGUCCAUGUUUUGGACGCUUCCCGCAGCGUCCCGGUGGUUUCCAGCUUGCUUGAUCCGACGGCCACGGCUGACUUUGUGACGGACGUUCGGGAGACGUACGCGGAGCUUCGGGAGGAGCACUAUGCUGGGCUGCAGGAUCGGAAGUACGUGCCUAUUAACAAGGCUCGGGACAUGAAGUUCCAGAUAGACUGGAAGCUUCCGGAGAACCUUCCUGUGGUCCCGAACCUGCUGGGGAAGAAGGUCUAUAAGGAUUAUCCAAUCAAUGAGGAGCUGUUGGCAGCCAUUGAUUGGAAUCCGUUCUUCCAGGUGUGGCAACUGAGGGGCAGGUACCCCAACCGUGGUUACCCGAAGAUUUUCAACGACGAGACGGUCGGGCAGGAGGCGAAGAAACUUUUCGACGAUGCGCAGGCGAUGCUGCGGGACAUUGUGGAGAACAAGAAGCUGACCGUGCGGGGCGUUGUCGGGAUUUACCCUGCAAAUUCGGUGGGCGACGACAUUGUGCUUUAUAAUGAUGAGUCGAGGAGCACGGUCGUUGAGACAAUGCAUACGCUGCGACAGCAAGCAGAGAAGGAGGAGAACGACGAUCCUUACCUCGCCCUUUCUGACUUUAUUGCCCCCGCAACCACGGGCAUCAAGGAUUACCUCGGAAUGUUUGUGGUGUCUUCCGGUUUUGGACUCGAGGAAAUGGUGAAGAAAUUCAAGGAGGAUAACGAUGACUUCAGCUAUAUCAUGGCCGAGGCUAUCGCCGAUCGUCUCGCCGAAGCUGCGGCGGAGGUUCUCCACCGGGACGUUCGGAAGGAGGUGUGGGGGUACGCCAAGGAGGAGAACCUGAGUGUAGACGAGCUGCUGAAGGUGAAAUACCAGGGUAUUCGACCUGCCCCGGGUUACCCCAGCCAGCCGGAUCACACUGAAAAGCCGGUUAUGUGGAGGCUUAUGGAUGUGGAGGAGGAGACGGGGAUUCAGCUCACUGAAUCCAUGGCUAUGCUGCCCGCUGCUUCGGUUUCUGGCCUGAUUUUUGCGGCGCCCAAGAGUCAUUAUUUUGCAGUUGGGAAGAUUUUGUCGGAUCAGGUUGGGGAUUAUGCGCAGAGGAAGGGCAUGCCGGUUGCCGAGGCUGAGAAGUGGCUUGGUCCGAUGCUGAAUUACGAGCCGUAG